UCCAUCAGCUUGCAGGUGAGGUUGGCAAGUGAAGUUCCCUCUUCCAUCAAUAGAACUGUCAUAAUUGUUCAGGAUGGAGCCUGCAGCUGAGACCAGCACUGCAGGAUUUUCAGUAAAAGAUGACCUUUCAGAAAAAUGUCAGAAGUUAUUUCUUGAGUUCUUGGAGGAGUUUCAGGACACAAACGGGGAGAUUUUGUAUCAACCUGAUGCUGAGGAGCUCAUUCGACCAGAGAGAAACACACUGACUGUGAACUUCACCAACAUUGAGCACUUCAAUCAGCAACUAGCUACCACCAUUCAGGAGGAGUAUUACAGGGUAUACCCAUUCCUAUGCAGAGCAGUGCGUUGCUUUGCAAGAGAUCAUGGGAACAUGCCAGUAGCCAAAGAGUUCUAUGUGGCCUUCUCUGACUUUCCAUCAAGACAAAAGAUCCGAGAGCUCUCCACGGCCCGGAUCGGGUCCCUACUGCGUAUCAGUGGCCAGGUGGUGAGGACACACCCAGUGCACCCUGAGCUGGUCAGUGGUACCUUCCUGUGUCUGGAAUGCCAGUCGGUUAUGAAAGAUGUUGAGCAGCAGUUUAAGUACACCCAGCCAAACAUUUGUAAGAACCCAGUCUGUGCCAAUCGACGUCACUUCAUGCUGGACCCCAACAAGUCCCGUUUUGUGGACUUUCAGAAGGUGCGUAUCCAGGAGACCCAGGUGGAGCUGCCUCGUGGCUCCAUCCCCCGCAGUGUGGAGGUGAUCCUGAGGGCAGAGGCUGUGGAGAUGGCUCAGGCAGGGGACCGCUGUGACUUCACCGGCACACUGAUCGUCGUACCAGACGUCGCUGCCCUGGCUGUGUCAGGCACCAGGGCAGAGACCAGCAGCAGAGUGACUGGGGGGAGGCAGGGCUUUGAUGCAGAUGGGAUCCAGGGACUGAAGGCUCUAGGUGUCAGGGAUCUGUCCUACAGACUGGCCUUCCUAGCCUGCUACGUGGCCCCCACUAACCCUCAGUUUGGUGGUAAAGAUCUCUGCCAGGAAGACCAGACUGCAGAGAGUGUGAAGAACCAGAUGACUGUUCAGGAGUGGGAGAAAGUGUUUGAGAUGAGUCAGGACAAGAACCUCUACCACAACCUCUGCACCAGCCUCUUCCCCACUAUCCAUGGGAAUAAUGAGAUCAAGCGUGGAAUUCUAUUGAUGCUCUUUGGCGGUGUUGGCAAGACGACCAUGGAAGGCACAUCUCUGAGGGGGGAUAUUAAUGUUUGCAUCGUUGGGGACCCCAGUACCUCCAAGAGCCAGUUCCUAAAACACGUGGAGGACUUUGCGCCCAGGGCAAUCUACACCAGUGGGAAAGCCAGCAGCGCGGCCGGAUUGACGGCAGCUGUAGUGAAAGAUGAGGAGUCCCAUGAGUUUGUCAUUGAGGCUGGGGCCCUCAUGUUGGCGGAUAACGGAGUCUGUUGCAUUGAUGAGUUUGACAAGAUGGACCUGAAAGACCAGGUAGCCAUUCACGAGGCCAUGGAACAGCAGACCAUCUCCAUCACUAAGGCUGGAGUGAAGGCCACUCUGAAUGCUCGCACCUCCAUCCUGGCAGCUGCUAACCCCAUCGACGGGAGAUACAACCGCUCUAAGUCUCUGAAACAGAACGUCAACAUGUCAGCACCCAUCAUGUCCAGAUUUGACCUCUUCUUCAUUCUGAUUGAUGAGUGCAAUGAGGUGACAGAUUAUGCCAUAGCCAGGCGUAUCGUAGACCUGCACUUUAGAAACAUGGAGUCUGUGGAGCGAGUCUACGCCACUGAUGAGAUUCAGAGAUACAUACUGUUUGCUCGGCAGUUUAAACCAAAGAUCACAGCAGAGGCAAAAGAGUUUGUGGUGGACCAGUACAAGCGCCUGCGUCAGCGGGACAGCAGCGGCAGCACCAAGUCAGCCUGGCGUAUCACCGUCAGGCAGCUAGAGAGCAUGCUCCGACUAUCUGAGGGCAUGGCCAGGCUCUACUGCUCAGAUGAGGUGCAUCCCAAACACGUUAAGGAGGCCUUCCGGCUAUUGAACAAGUCUGUCAUCCGCGUCGACUCCCCAGACAUCAACUUCGAACAAGACAAUGGGGAAAUGAAUGAUCAGAACGACAUGAUGGGCACUAAUGGCAGUCAUGCAGAGGAGGCUAUGGACACAGAGCAUGGGGCAGGCAGACCGGAGACGACCAGCACUGCCAAGCCUGCCCUCAAGAUGACCUUUGCUCAGUACAGAAGGGUCUCCAACCUCAUUGUUUUGCACAUGCAGAAGAUGGAAGAUAUUGAUGAAGAGUCAUCACUGAAGAUGAGCGAGCUGAUUAACUGGUACCUGAAAGAAAUGGAGAGUGAGAUCGAGUCAGAAGCUGAGCUUGUUGCCAAGAAGAAUCUUAUAGAGAAAGUGCUUCACAGACUAAUCCAUUACGACCACAUUAUCAUAGAGUUAACGAAGACUGGGCUGAAGAAAGUUGGUGAUGAGGGAGAGGAACCUGUGAUUGAAGAGGACCCUUUCUUAGUGGUCAACCCCAAUUACAUCCUGGAAGAUUAGGUAGGGUCCACCUCAGCCAUAGAUAUUGUGGAAGUAAUUGAACGCAGGCUUAUCUGUAAGGAAUUUGUGAUUGCAGCUACAGUAGCCUACUGUCAACUUGUU